AUGAAAGGAGUUUCUAAAUUGAAAUAUAGGAUUGUGUAUUGUUCAGGUGAAGAUUAAGAUUAUCCUGUGACUGAAUUACUCACUCAAUCACCAUAAAGUAGAGGUUGGCAAGCACCAAAAUAUUGUGAAUAUCCACAAGAAAUAGCAAUUUAAUUUGUCAGUGCAGCAAGAGUUAGACAAGUUUAGUUCUUGUCUCAUCAUUGUAAGAUAUCUACAAAAGUAUCAUAUAUUUAAAUUGAUUUAGAUUGAACUUUAUGUUCACAUGCCAGAUAAGAAUAUACCUCCACAAUAUAAUCAAAUCAAAUAUAAGAAAUUAGGAUAUUUAUCACUUGAUUCCAAUGAGAAAGGAGGAUAUUAGGCAAGAGAAUUAAAAAGUGUCUAUAUUGACACACCAUGUUUAUUCAUGAAAUUUGUAUUUCAAAAAUGUUACGUGAAUAAAUUUAAUCUCUUUAAUUAAAUUGGUAUUAUUGCUUUGUCAGUGUUUGGUGAACCCCUUGAUUCCCCUCCUGGAUAUGGGUAAAUGAAAUAGAAAGAAUUUUAUAAUGAAAUUUAAUUUGAAACAUAAUUUGAUUAAAAUACACUUGAAAGACUGCGAAUGUUAGAGGAAGCUAAGGAUAAAGGUAUUUCUAUAAUAAAAUAAUUAGCGGUUUCAAGAGAAGAUUUCAUGGAAGCAAAAAGAAUAAAAGAGGCAAUAGAAAGGUUAAAAUAAAUAGGAGUUCAAUUAAGAACAUUAGAAGAGAGAAAGGCAGUGGCUAUUUAAAAUGAAGAUUAUGAUUCAGCUAAUAUUAUCAAAUAAGAAAUAGAAAAAUUAAGGAAUGCUGUUGCUCCAGAUUCUAUGAUACGUAGACCAGAUAGUGCAGUAAUAUUAUAUAUAUAUUAAAAUUUAGUAAUAUUAAUAACCUGUGUAUUAACCAUAAUAAUAAUUCUAAUAAUAAUAAUAAUAAUAGUAAUAAUAAUAAUAAUACUAUUAAUAAUAAUAAUAUUAACCACCACCAGUUUAAUCUUAAAUGGCUUAUGUUCCCCCUUAUUAAGCUCCUCCACCAUAGAUGCCUUUUUAAGGAGAUGAAAUGAUUUCAUAAUCAUAAUUUGAAGAAUAAAGAGCAGAUCCAUCAUAAAUGAGACAAAAAAGAGUUGCUAAAGAAUUAAAUUAACAUCAUGAAGAUAUGAUUGUACCAGCUGCUUUAAGGAAGUAAAACAAUAACUAAUAUCCUGAUGAUGAUAAAUAAUAAUAAUAAUAAUGUAUGAUCAAUUUUUAAUUAAAGAUACAACUGAACCAUUAACAGGAGACAGUCUAUAAAAAGCUGAACCAUUAAUACCUAUAUUGACAGAAGAAUUUUGUUAAAAAAUAUUUAGUAAAUAAUGGGGAGCUCGAGAAGAUGGAUUAAAAUGGUUAGAAGAAUAGAUUGGUAGACCAACUUAAGUCAAUUCUUAGGAUCCUUCUAUUUUCUUUUUAAGUUCAAUAGCAUCUAUAAAUUAUACUUUGAGUGAUAAAGUUGCAGCUGUUUCACUAAGAAGUUUAAGUGUAUUAUAAUCUUUAUUUGCAAAAUAUCCAAAAAUAAAAAUAAAUAAAAGUGCAGAAUUUAAUGAACAUAUUGAUGGAAUUUUAUAAUCUCUAAUGGAAAAAUUAGGAGAAUAAAGAAAGGAAUAAGCUGAAAAUGCAUUCUUGUAAAUGGCAGAUCAUCCAUCUGUUGGUCCUGCAAUUUGUGUUUAACAUUUAAUAAAAGGUUUUGUUGGAAAAUCUAAAUUACAAAGUUCUACUAAACAUAUUGUUGGGAGAUUAGCUAUGUUGACAGCACUAGUAAAGAAAUAUGAAAUCAAUAAUGCUAAUAUGCCAUAUUAACCAAUUGUUGAUUUUUCUGUAAAAUUGUUGGAUGAUAAAGUAUUUUGUAAUUAAAUUAAUUUAGAAUGAACCCAUUAGAACUUAAGCCAUCUUACUCUUGGUUGAAAUAUAUAAAUUUUCUGGAAAUAGACUUAAACAAUCUUUAACAAAUGUUAGAUAAGCAUAAUUAGAUGUUUUAGAAGAUUUUUUUAGUAAAAUUGAUGGAGGUGGAGAUAUUGAUGAUCAACCAUAAAUCAAUUAAUAAAGAGCUAUCAUUUAAACUAACAUUGAAACCUAAGGAGCUAAAAAAGGGAAUUAAAAUUAGAUGUAGAAUUAAAAACCAUAAUAAUAAAAAUAAUAAUAAUAAUAAUAAUUUGAAUAACAUAAUACAGCAAAAUGUGAUUAUUGUGAUAGAAUUGAUCCAUCAUUUAGAGAUUCAGAUCAAAUAGAUACACAUCUUUGGUCAGAAUGUCCUAUGUUAGUUACUUGUUCAUAAUGUGGAUAGGUUAUUGAAAUAGCUGAAUUAACUAAUCAUUUAUUGAGUGAAUGUGAUCAUAAAAGAAAAUUUAAGAGAUGUCCUAAAUGCAAAGAGGCUAUUCUAUUGAGUGGUUAUGAUAAGUAAAUAAUAAUUUGUAAUAUAAUUUAGACAUUUGGAGGAUUGCCGAGGUAGAAAUGAUAAUACAACAGUUAGAUGUCCAUUAUGUCAUUAAGAUUUGAAAUUGGAGAAGAAUACAUGGAAAAAUCAUUUAAUAAAAUAAGGAUGUUUAAAUAAUGAAAGAACUGCCGGUUGA